AUGGCGUUCCCGAAGGUGGUCAUUGAGAGAGAAACAGACUCUGAGCAAAGCUCAUCCGAAGAAGACGAAGCAGGCGUAGAACAAGAGGAAGAGGAGGUGUUGGAGAGCGAAAAUGAAGGGAAAGUCGAAGAGGCUUUGGAUGAAAAGAAGAAAGGGAAAGCACCCAUUACGAUUAGUCUGAAGAAAGUUUGCAAAGUGUGCAAAAAGCCUGGACAUGAAGCUGGUUUCAAAGGGGCUACUUACAUUGAUUGCCCAAUGAAACCUUGCUUUCUUUGUAAAAUGCCUGGCCACACUACAGUGGCAUGCCCACACCGAGUGGCUACUGAGUAUGGGGUCGUCCCAGCACCCCAUAAAAGUACCCGGAACGCGUUGGAGUAUAUGUUUGAACGCCAGAUUAGACCUCGUGUUCCUCCAAUCAAGCCAGCAUAUGUAAUCCCAGAUCAAGUAAGUUGUGCGGUUAUCAGAUAUCACAGUAGACGGGUAACUAGCUUGGAGUUCCAUCCAACAAAAAAUAACAUUCUUUUAUCUGGGGAUAAGAAAGGGCAACUUGGAGUCUGGGAUUUUGUCAAAGUACACGAAAAGAUUGUUUAUGGAAAUGUACACUCAUGUAUACUCAACAACAUGAAGUUUAAACCUGCAAGUGAUGAUACAGUCUAUGCUGCAUCCUCAGAUGGAACUAUUAGUUGCACUGAUUUGGAGACUGGAAUUUCAGUAUCUCUGAUGAACCUUAACCCUGAUGGAUGGCAGGGGAAAAACAGCUGGAGGAUGCUUUAUGGCAUGGAUAUCAAUGCAGAAAAAGGUGCUGUGCUUGUUGCUGAUAACUUCGGUUUUCUGUACUUGGUUGAUACUCGCUCAAAUGACCCAACUGGGAAGCCAAUUUUGAUCCAUAAGAAAGGUAGCAAAGUUGUUGGACUCCACUGCAAUCCUGUUCAACCAGACCUUCUCCUGAGUUGCGGAAAUGAUCACUUUGCUCGAAUAUGGGACAUUCGUCGAAUCGAAGCUGGUUCUUCCAUUUAUGACCUUUCGCACAGCCGUGUUGUUAACUCUGCAUAUUUUUCUCCAGUAUCUGGCAGCAAAAUUCUUAGCACUUCACAGGACAACCGUCUUCGUAUAUGGGACUCCAUAUUUGGCAAUAUGGAUUCACCAAGCCGAGAGAUUGUACACAGUCAUGACUUUAAUCGCCAUCUGACUGCUUUCAAAGCUGAAUGGGAUCCAAGGGACUCGUCAGAGUCCCUUGCAGUUAUUGGUCGUUAUAUAAGUGAGAACUAUGACGGAGCUGCCUUGCAUCCCAUUGAUUUUAUAGACGUCAGCACAGGACAACUAGUUGCUGAGGUCAUGGAUCCAAACAUCACUACAAUCAGUCCAGUGAAUAAGCUACAUCCGCGUGAUGAUGUUUUGGCAUCUGGUAGUUCAAGGUCACUUUUCAUUUGGAAGCCGAAGGAGAAGUGCGAGCCGGUGGAACAGAAGGAUGAAGGGAAGAUUGUUAUUUGUGCUGGAGCUGAGAAGAAGCGGAACCGGAAGCUUGGGGACGGAAGUGAUGAUUCUGAUGAUGACAAGUUCUGCCCCAAGGGCAAGAAUUUAAAGUCCAAAAAAUCUGCUUUGAAAUCAAGUCAAUAUACUAUUAAGGUUAAACGCUGA